AUGCCACGCAAAGCGCCCGUCGAGCCGCCGCCGCCACCGCCCGAGGUCAACGCUGUCGAGCAGCAGCGGCAGCUGUUGAUUGAGAACUAUAGCAUACACCGUGUGCCGGACUUGGAGCCCGAACGGGCGAUUGUGCAUCAGAUUGCUAGAGAUGCUUGUCCGGAAGGUACGAGGUUGACGCGCGACGCGGUUACGGCGAUCACGAAAGGCGCGAGUGUGUUUAUGCCUUACAUAUACUACAUGUCGGAAGACUAUGCGAUUGAGAAACAGCGCAAGUCCAUCCAACCGGCCGACGUCUUCAAAGCUCUCGAGAAGAUCGGGUUGGGCGACGUUGUCCCUGGGAUCCAAUCCGAGCUAAAAACGUACGAGGAACUGCAGAAGAAAGCGACCAAGGGCAAGGCACCUAAGAGUGGGAAGGGGUCUUCUUCUGCUUCUGGAUCCAAGGCCAAAGCCAAGAAAGACGCCGCAGCUGAGGAUAUGGCUGUUGACGAAUAG